AUAAAAAAGACACUGUACCCUCGUGUCAGAGUCAAUCUCCAACUACCUCCCUCUCCUCACAUUUCUCACAUUUUCUUCAUCUUCCUCCACCUGCCUCCUCCUCCUCCUCUCUCUAUCUCUCAAACCCAUGACGGAAAUCACGAACCUGAGCUCCGACGUGACGGAGCUGAUCCUCUCCUACCUCCCCAUCCCGACCCUCGUCCGAGCCUCCACCGUCUGCAAGCUCUGGCAGUCCAUCAUCUCCUCCACCACCUUCUCCGCCACCCAAACCCAAUCCCAAUCCCAAUCCCACCCCUGGUUCUUCCUCUACGGCAUCCACAACACCUCCUCCAAGAACAACCAGUCCUUCGCCUUCGACCCUCUCUCCAACCGCUGGCUCCGCCUCCCCACCCCCACCUUCCCUCCCCACCACUACUCCCACUCCUGCUUCCUCGGCGCCGACGGCUUCUUCCUCAUCACCGCCCCCAACUUCACCUACUCCAGAAUCCUCAAGCGCUCUUGGCGCUCCACCUCGCCUCUCCACUUCUCCCGCAUCAACCCUCUUCUCGGCGUCUUCGACUCCGGCUCUCUCCUCCCCAACUUCAUCGUCGUCGGCGGUGUCAGAUUCAUCGGCAACUUGGUCGACAUCGAGGACCGCUUGGCCGUCGAGAUCUACACCCCCGACUCCGAUUCCUGGCAGCUCGGUCCUCCUCUCCCUGCUGAUUUCAGAUCCGGCAAUUCCUCCCAGUCCUUGUCAUCCGCCCUCUUCAAAGGGAGGUUCUACGUCUUCGGCAUCUAUUCGUGCUUCAUUUCAUCUUUUGACCUACACACCAAUGCCUGGAGCCAAGUCCAGACUCUCCGGCCGCCUGGAGUUGUCUUCUCUUUCUUGGUUGGCUGCCGGGACAGGCUUGUUCUGGCCGGAAUCUGCAACGGGCCUCUCGGAUCCUCCUUUAAUCUGUGGAGGAUCGAGGAGGCCACCAUGGAGUUCAGUGAGAUUGCAAUCAUGCCUCACGACUUGCUGUGUAGCUUGUUUGAGGGGGAUGAGGAGGAUAAGUUUGCGAGCUUGAAAUGUGUGGGCUUGGGAAAUCUUAUAUACGUCUUUAAUGAAGAGUACCAUAAGAAGUACCCGGCUUGUGUUUGCGAGAUUAGCAGUGAGACUCGGCAGUGUAGCUGGAGGAGAGUGCCUCCCUUGCCUUCACCCGUGAAUAAGUUUCACCAAGUUAUAAGCUUUUGUUCCACGGUUUCGCUCAAUAGUAUUCUUCAGCCUGAGGAGGAAGAGGGACACGUUGGUCCCAUGCAGCCUAUGGUUGACUGAUUCCAUUGCCUCCUGUGCAGUCCACACAAGCAAGAUUCAACUAUGUUGUCUGGAAAACAAGUUUCAUUGAUGCUGGAGUGUGGUAUCUUCAUCGCCUAGCAUCUAGCUGCCCUUUAUUUAAACAAAGUUUAAGAAGCUUCCAUGCAGCUGAUGGAGAAUAGGAAUCAUGCCGCAGGGCUAAUGCCUAUGCUAUCUAUGCUGUCAUCUCAGUUAAAGACACCCUUCUCAUAUUUUUCUGCCUCAUUUAUUAGAUGUAUGUAACAAGUAUUUGUUAACACUGUAAUUUGUUUUAUUAUCUGAUGUAACUGUAUGCAGUGAUAUUUAUUAGAUAACCCUCAUAAUUUGUAAACGUUUUGUAAGAUAACGAAAAAAAUUGGCAGGUUGAAAGACUACUCAUGGAAAACUAGUUGUCUAGUUCAUUGUAUAAUGCAGAUGCUUAUAUUUGUUAAA